GCUCGUUUUGCAAAAGAAAACUUUGGAAACUAAGACCGAGGGUUGAAGGAUCUUGUUUGAGAGUUGUUUGCCCACGUGAAUGUCUGUGCACACAGGUGUAAAUGUGGAGACCUACUCGUUCAGAGCAGUGGUUCUUAAUCUAGUAAAAAACAAGAUCGUCUGCGGCCCGUUUAAAUGCGGAUUCUCCGACCCUACCCCCAGAUUGUCUGACUAAGUAGGUCUGGAGUUGGGACCCAGGGAAGCCAAGUGCGGGCCUGGUGGUCAGAAUUCCUAAUGACCUCUUGUGUACCAGCUGUGAGACCAAUUGUUCCAUUAUGGAUGGAGGGGAUGAUGGUAAUCUUGUUAUCAAAAAGAGGUUUGUGUCCGAGGCAGAACUAGAUGAACGGCGCAAAAGGAGGCAAGAAGAAUGGGAGAAAGUUCGAAAACCUGAAGAUCCAGAAGAAUGUCCAGAGGAGGUUUAUGACCCUCGGUCUCUAUAUGAAAGGCUACAGGAACAGAAGGACAGGAAGCAGCAGGAGUAUGAGGAGCAGUUCAAAUUCAAAAACAUGGUAAGAGGCUUAGACGAAGAUGAGACUAACUUCCUUGAUGAGGUUUCUCGACAGCAGGAACUCCUGGAAAAGCAACGAAGAGAAGAAGAACUGAAAGAACUGAAAGAAUACAGAAGUAAUCUCAACAAAGUUGGAAUUUCUCCAGAAAACAAGAAGGAGGUGGAGAAGAAAGUGGCUGUGAAACCCAUAGAAACCAAGAACAAGUUCUCCCAGGCAAAGCUGUUGGCAGGAGCUGUGAAACAUAAGAGCUCAGAGAGUGGCAACAGUGUGAAAAGACUGAAAUCGGACCAUGACCCAGAUGACAAGAGUCAAGAAGCCCCGUCCUGCAUGUCUCUCGGCAGCACGUCCCUGAGCGCCCCUUCCAUCCACUGCCCCUCCGCUGCAGUCUGCAUCGGCAUCCUCCCGGGCUUGGGCGCCUACUCCGGGAGCAGCGACUCCGAGUCCAGCUCCGACAGCGAAGGCACGAUCAACGCCACCGGCAAGAUCGUCUCCUCCAUCUUCCGAACCAACACCUUCCUUGAGGCUCCGUAGCUCCUGUGUCCCCCCCUCCUCUCCGCCCCGACCCCGCCAGAGCUCCUGCCCAAGAGUAGGCCGGACAGUUUGUUCCAACUCCGGGCACCACCUCCCCCAGAACUCCUUUGCCCGCUUCCUGUGCACACCGUGACAUUCUUAACCUCAUCUAAAAAUGUGCCAGAAUUCACUUGUGGCCCAACUUGUGUUUGGUUUCUCUUUCCACUCCAGUGCAGAUGUCCAACCCUGUCCUGCUGCCUCUUUCCUCGCUGCCGUGGUGGGGAGGGGGCUGCGGCUCCACGGAGAUUCCCCUGAAAAUGCUCUGGGAAGAUAGGCACCCGCUGGGGUGCAGUGUUUGGAUGCCGUUGCUUUCUUGUUUUCUUCUUUGUUUCCUUUCCUGACAGCACAGGAAGCAAGGGCAGUUAUGGGACAGGUAUCAUUUAAACCUCUCUUCCAGCAGAACACACCAUGUGGUUGUACUGCGUGGUGGCUCAUAUUGGGGGGCUGGGGGGAGGAGGGCCCCAGGUGAUGGACUGCUGCACUCCCUUGGAACUAACCGAUUCUUGAUGUGUGACUAAGUAAAGAUUAUAAACUACA